AUGGGACUAGCUGAGAUGAGAAUUCCUUUGCCGCUUCUUUCCCCAUCAAAAACCGCCCAACUUAGGGGAAAGCUUUACCAAUUUACUCAAAAAAACGGGGAAUCUCUUUUCGAUGUGUGGGAGCAUUUUAAAGAAAUACUUAGACGUUGUCCCCAUCACGGUUUGGAGAAAUGGUUAAUCAUCCACACCUUUUAUAACGGUCUAACAUCUAACACUAAAUUAACUGUUGAUGCAGCUGCAGGUGGUGCCCUAAUGAACAAAGAUUUCACAACAGCUUAUGCCUUGAUUGAGGACAUGGCUCUAAACCUUUUUCAAUGGACGGAAGAGAAAGCAAUCAUCAAUCCUUCACCCUCUAAAAAAGAGGCAGAGCUUAAGGACCAAACUAGACUUUUGAGAAACUCUCUUGCUACUCUCACAACAAAGAUAGACUCCAUCUCCUCUCACAACAAAACUUCUGAAACUCAGCUCUCCCAAGUAGUUCACCCCAACAAAAUGAAUGUUGUUACACUUAGGAGUGGCAAGCCACUCGAAGACCCCAUAAGGAGAACCAAAUCCAAUGAUAGUGAGAAAGAGAUCUGCGAACCACCAUCUAGGGAAACUAGGGCAGAAAGACGAGUUGAGGAAAACACACCACCUCCCUUUAAGCCAAAAAUUCCCUUCCCACAAAGGUUUGCCAAAUCUAAGCUAGAUGAGCAAUUUAAAAAGUUCAUAGAGAUGAUGAACAAAAUAUACAUUGAUAUGCCUUUCACCGAAGUCUUAACCCAAAUGCCUACCUAUGCUAAAUUUUUGAAAGAAAUACUUUAUAAAAAGAGAAAAAUUGAGGAAGGGUCAGAAGUAGUGAAGAAAGCUAUGUGUGAUCUAGGAGCCAGUGUCAGCCUAAUGCCUUUAUCCCUUUACGAGAGGUUGGGAAUAGGGGAACUUAAAUCGACAAGGAUGACCCUACAACUAAAGAAGUUCUUCCAUGAUCUGAAGCACUACUAUUGGGAUGAGCCCUACCUCUUCAGAAGAGGCUCAGAUGGGAUUUUCAGAAGAUGCAUUCCUGAAAACGAGGUAAAUGUGCAUUCCUUUAUUUCUAAAUGUGACAAAUGUCAACGCACCGGUAGUAUUACCAAAAGAAAUGAAAUGCCUUUGAACAACAUCCUUGAAGUCGAAAUUCUUGAUGUUUGGGGUAUUGACUUUAUGGGACCAUUCCCCUCCUCUUUCGGGAAUCAAUACAUAUUGGUAGCAGUUGACUAUGUGUCCAAAUGGGUUGAGGCCAUUGCUUCCCCCACUAAUGAUGCACAAAUUGUUAUAAAACUGUUUAAAAAAGUCAUCUUUCCUAGGUUCGGAGUGCCACGGGUUGUGAUAAGCGAUGGAGGGUCUCACUUCAUUUCAAGACAUUUUGAAAAACUUUUGCAAAAACUUGGAGUGAGACACAAAAUUGCGACACCCUAUCACCCCCAAACUAGUGGACAAGUGGAGGUCUCAAAUAGACAAAUCAAAGCUAUCCUUGAAAAAACUGUUUCAACCUCUAGGAAAGAUUGGUCAACUAAGCUUGACGAUGCCCUUUGGGCCUAUCGAACGGCUUAUAAAACCCCCAUUGGAAUGACCCCUUUUAAACUUGUCUAUGGGAAAUCCUGUCACCUUCCCGUUGAACUCGAGCAUAAGGCCUAUUGGGCAAUUAGAAACCUCAACUUAGACCCCAAUUUAGCCGGUGAAAAAAGAAAGCUUCAAUUAAGCGAGCUAGAAGAACUUAGGAUACAUGCCUAUGAGAAUGCCCGCAUUUAUAAGGAAAGAACUAAGAAUUGGCAUGACAAGAAAAUCGUCAAGAAGCACUUCAAAAGCGGUGACCUUGUGCUACUCUUUAAUUCUAGGCUAAAGCUCUUUACCGGUAAACUGAGGUCACGAUGGUCCGGUCCUUUUCAAGUUCGCACAGUCUACCCUUAUGGGGCGAUUGAAAUAUUUUCUGAAGAAACAGGAUCCUUCACGGUUAAUGGGCAAAGGCUUAAAAUCUAUAAUACCGGAGAAGUAAAUGAAGUAGUGGCUGAUUUCACUCUGAGUGACCCACCUUAA